CGACCCCCCAUAGGUGACGCUGCCCUGUGGUACUCCAGCGAUGAGGACGAGGGUGGCAGCGUCUCGUCCAUCCUGCGCACCCUCAGGCAGCAGAGCGGCGCUUUGGGGCCCCCCCACCCCUCUAUGGGGCCACCCCCCGGUUCUAUGGGGCCGCCCCACACCGCGGACCCCCGGUUGCAGAAAGCAGCGGCGUCAGGGGGUGGGGGGCGGCCGGCAGACCCCCGGCUGCGGGACCCCCGCUUGGCACGGCACAACAAAACGGAGCCGCCUCACCCCAAAACGGAGGAUUAUCCCAAAACGGACCCUAAUUAUCCCAAAACGGAGACGGAUUAUCCCAAAAUGGAGGCGGAUUAUCCCAAAAUGGAUCCCCACAACCCCAAAACGGACCCUUCUCACCCCAAAACGGACCCCCUCCCCAAAUCCCGCCUCCCCGACGAGGAGGACGACGCCGAUCCCGAACGUUCCCUACGGGACCGCCCCGUUGUCAUCCCCCUGGAGCCGCCGCCGGGGCAGCCGCCUCGGGACCCCCGCUGUCACCGGCACCGUUUUGUCCCCGUGCCGCGGGACGUCGCCCUCACCAAGCCCGCCUUCGCCCGCAUGGUGCUGUGGAGCCCCGAGGAUCUCCUCCCUCUGCCCAUCCCCGUGCAGGACGUCACUGUAACGCCCGGCGGGGACCCCAGGCUGCACCGCGCCGACCCCCGGCACCGCGCGCUCCCGACCGAUCCCGGCGUCACCACAGAACCUUCCUCCAAGCUGCCGGAUUUCGAGCUGUUAUCCCGCAUCCUACAGACGGUGAGCGCGGGCGGCGGUGACAGAACAGGCGACGCCACAGGUGACAAACAACCGGGUGACAAAACCACCGGGCCGGGCGACGCGUUCCCCGCUCCCGCUGACAAACCCGCGGGCGCUGGCGACAAACCUGCCGAUAAACCGGGCGGCACCGAGCGUCCCAGCGACCCCCGUGUGCGCAAACCCCCGUCGGACCCCCGGCUGCAGAAAGCUGCAGCCAAAGCCCCGGAGCUCGGUGAGUCGGGUGACGAUGCGGGCGAUGCUGCGGGUGACGCUGGGACCCCCUUGGCACCCUACGACCCGCGGCUGAGCCGUGGCGCGGCGCAGAGCCGCGUGCUGAGCGCCAUCAGUCUGUACGACCCGCGGGCGCCGCCGGCUGGGGACGGCGUGGGGGGACGUGGGAAGGAUCAGCCCUACAGCCGCCGAUCGCCGCUGGCGGAACCGGCGCAGGAUCGCUACAACAGCUACAACAGACCACGGCCAAGGGGCACGGCUGGGAACAGUGGGAGCAGCGCGGCCCCGGAGGGCACAGAGCAGGAUGAGACGGACAGCACUGCGUCACUCAAAGAUGUCUUCAAGGGCUUCGACCCCACGGCGUCACCCUUCGGGCAGUAGCGGUGGUUGUUGGGCUGCCAUGGGGGCCGUUGGGCUGUGAUGGAGGUCGUUGGGCUGGAGCGGCAGUUGUUGGGCCCUAAUGGGGGUUUGCUGGGCUGUGAUGGAGUGUUGUUGGGCUGUGAUGGUGGCUGCUGGGUUGUGAUGGGGGCUUUUGGGUUGUCAUGGGGGCUGCUGGGCUCUGAUGGGGGUUGGUUGGGCUGUAAUGGAGGUUGUUGGGCUGGAGCGCUGGCUGUUGGGCUGCAGUGGCAGUUGUUGGGCUGCGAUGGGGGUCAUUGGGCCCUGAUGGGGGUUGUUGGGCUGUGAUGGGUGUCGUUGGGUCCUGAUAGGGGUUGUUGGGCUGUGAUGGGGGUCAUUGGGCUCUGAUGGGGCUUGUUGGGCUGUGAUGGUGGCUGUUGGACUGUAAUGAGGAUCGUUGGGCCCUAAUGGGGAUUGUUGGGCCCUAAUGGGGGUUGUUGGGCUGUGAUGGGGGCUGUUGGGCU